AAGCGUGCAGCGCCAUGCGAUAAAUGUUUCCUCAAAAAGAGCAAGGCUCGCCCUUGCAGCAGAAGAGCACGCGAGAGAAGAGAUGUUUCUUCGCGCCCUGCAGCUGCCUUGCCCCGUCUGAGAAACGAUCUCAAACCUGAGGCGCGCCAGCGAGUUCAAGGGCAAGCUCUUUGGGCCAGUCACGGCCCUUGGAACGGGCAACCCCCUGCCGUUCGUCUGAUGUGCUGCGACAGACACUGUCGAGGCUGGGAGACGGUCAUUCGCUCACCAGGUUGGGUCUGUGAGCUUCACGGCCUGUCACUGGACGAGAGCUGUCAGUUAAAGCUUGGGAGUGCGGCAACGCACAAACCCAAGCCAUCGGGGACGAGACAAGCUUAUCAGCGUUUUUUUUUUUACAAGGGCCCUGACCCAAACGCUCCUGACGGCUCAAGUGCUUCAUUAUGCCAAAGCAAAGCCCUGCAACUGCAUGGCGAUUCGUUUCGGGACGACUGCAAGCGCAGAGUGUUUCUGGCGACUGGCAAUGCUCAACGUUUUCCGGACGACGAUCGGGGUCAUGCUCCCGUACCGCAGCCGUCGAGAUACAAGGCCGUACCGCGUCCGUCUCUGGCCGGAAGCAACGCACACAGUGUACGGGGUAGGGAGGGGUGUCGACACAAUAAGGACUCUAUCGCCAUGCCCGUGAUAUCGCUAUUCGUAUGCGACGUGAUACGAAGUGCAAGGCUCAUCGCUGGUGCUCGGCGGACAACGGGCCAUCAGCAAUCAUGA